UGCAGUUGUCAACGAGCUGUGAGUGUGAAAACAUAUUCCCAUGGAACCGGGCAACAACAAACGUGAAGCAGCAUGUGGAGGGGCUUUGAUUCUACCCGAGGAGCACUCCUUCCACGAUGGCAUCAAAAUGAUCGCGGAGUGUGGCGAAAUCGAUGAAGGCGAUGCCGAUUGGCUGCUGGACGCACAGGUUAUAUCCCGCACCAUACGGGAGGCCAUGUCCGAGAAGGAUUUGGUGUACAAUUUUAUGCUGCAGAACCUCCUGGCCACGGCCACCUUCUACAGGGGCUCCAAAAUUGAUUUCCCGCUAAGAUUUGACCAAUAUCUGCGCUUCCGCAUGCCCUUUCGCGUGACGCCCAUCUUCAAUACGGCCCAACCGGCGUACAUCAACCUGCACGCAGCACACGUCCAUCCGAUGGUGAGCAACGGAUACCUGAAUCCCGAGAGCAUUCAGCUCUUCCUGCGCGGCAACCUGCGCGAUGCCAUCACCUACAUGGGCAGCAUCUCCUGCCGCAACGGUGUGCGCUACUCCCUCAGCUAUCGCACCCAUGAGAUCGGGGACCAGGGAUUCGUGCACGAGAUCCUCGCCAGUGAGUCGCGCGACGCGGGCAUGCCCAGCGUCAUUUCGUUUGUGUUUCUGCCGGCCAUGCAGUUCAGCUUCGUGGAGCAUCCGCUGCCAAGCUUUGUGCCCUCCGGCCCCGCCUGGGCACACUGCUCGGGCACCAGCUACUGGCUGGCCCUGCUGCAGGUCUAUCCGCAGUACGAUCGCCGUAGCUUUUGCCCGUUCGUGCCAAGGAUGCAGCACAUCCGCGACGAACGCAUGCUCAAGUAUCGUCAUGUCCUGCGCCUGCUGCUGCGCAUCGGCACGGCCAAUCACAUUCCUGAUCUGUGUGACAUUUUCGUUCUCAAGGGCUUGCACUUUUAUCGCCUGCGCUACAGCGCCAGCUGUGACUGUCAUCUGUCUCUGGCCACACUGUUUAUUGAGAUGCUCAACAUACACCGUGAGGUGGCCUACAAUGAGGCCUGGCAAAAGUGCAUAACCUUUGGCUGGCAGCAGCAGCAAUCCCACAACUGGCUGCGCGAUGUCCUAUCGCUGGACAGCCUCGUGCGGGAUGUCACCACUCUGUAUCACAUCAACUACAUUCAUUUGGAUCAUUUGAAGCAGUUGUUUGGCAGCAUUUAGUGCGCAGAAAAGCAGCUGAAAAGUGAUAGGCAAAAGCGGCUGUGGCCACACACAUUCCAGUUGUUUGUUACUCGGAAUUUUAUUUUACAAUAUGGUAUAUGGUGUAGGGGUGAGGGGUGGGGACUAUGCCACAAUUGCAAAUUAUUUACAGAUGAAGCCACACACACACACACACGCACACAACACUCAGCA